GUGUCGAUGUGGAUUAUGCUGGUCAACCCACGGUCAUGCUGAAGAAUGGACUCUACUGCAUAUAAAUCAGGUGACUGCACAAGUGGGGGGGGGUUCUUCUCCAGCGCAUUAGGACGGCACAAAGCCGAGCAGCCCUCAGUCACAGCACACAGACUCGACUCGAAACAAGGACUUCAAUUGUUUUCUCGCAUCCAGAGACUGUCCUUUUUUAAAGGGGAAUAUUGUAGACUUUUAUUGUUCAGCUUACGUUUUGAACGUGUUGAAUUGUUAUUUGUGCGUUGCAGUUUUUGAACACUUUUUUGUAUUUCUGAAUUGAAGUCAGAAUGCUGGAUCCAUUGGCUGAGUUGAGAAGAACCGGAGGCUUCAGGCAGUGUGGUGGCCGGUUGUCCUGGCAGGUGCGUUGGAUCUUGUACAGUGUGUGCGUACUGAUGGUAAUAAACUGUGCCGGCCUGGUUCUGCUCCUGAGAGAGCUGUGGGCUCAUCUGACUGAGGUGGAGAGGCAGAUGGUGGAGAUUUCUCAGAGCUCCGUGGUGGAGUUCAUGACACAGGUGAACGAAGAUGAGGCAGAGUAUCAAUACUCCAGAAACAAACACAGCCGGCAGCAUCGAGGGACACGACCCUUUGAGGAGCAUGAGGGGAGUGUGGGAGAGGAAGUCUUGGGAGAUUUCCAGUAUCAGUAUCCGCAGACGCAUGGGCCGGUUUACCAGCACAAAACAGAAGAGCAGGAUGGAAUGAUGAUGAUGAUGACAUACUCCAUGGUGCCAGUUAAAAUUCUUCUGGACAUUUGCAACAGUACUAAAGGUGUCUGUCUGACCGGGCCACCAGGACCACCAGGAAUUCCAGGCUUGCCGGGUGUGGACGGAAUGCCGGGGUAUAACGGAACAGAUGGAAUUCCAGGGUUGCCAGGAGAGCCUGGAGCACAUGGAAAACGAGGAAAAAGAGGUCCUCCAGGUGAGAAGGGUGAGCCUGGUGAGAGAGGAGAGCAAGGAUAUCCUGGACCCCAAGGACCCCCUGGAGAACAGGGCGAACCUUCAAAUGAUGUCAUUGUAGAGGGUCCACCUGGUCCAAUGGGACCUCCUGGCCUUCCUGGUCCACCUGGCCCUCCAGGGCCCCCCGGGCCUCAAGGGCCAAUAAGACACAGGAGCCACAGAGCACAUCUCCACAUGGGGAAGGAGUCUGUAGGUCACCUUAAUUCAGUCCCAAAUGAUGACACCAUCAGCCAGAAAAUAGUAUCAUGGAAGAUAAAUGACUGUGUCAUAAAGUCAGUGCAGAACCCCAGACAUUUGAUGAAAAUGAGCAGCACGUUUGGAGCAUGGAUGAUGGACACUGCUGCUAAUGACAAUGAGAAGAUCUGGGUGGCAGAACAUUUCUCAGGACGUAUCAUAAAGGAGUACAACAGUAUCGCAGCGUUCCAGAACAGCAGCAGUGAAUCCAUCGAUGUCCGAAAAUUUUUCCAAGGUUGCGGCCACACUGUACAUAACGGUUCCGUAUUCUACCACAUCGCUGGAACUUCCAAUAUUGCUAAGUUUGACCUCCAGACGAAGAUCUUACUCACGCUGAUAAUUGAAAACGCGUUCUAUCACAAUAAGUCCUACCUCCUUGAGAACUCAAAGACAUAUUUCAAAUUGGCAACAGAUGAGAACGGUAUGUGGAUUGUAUUUGCCUCCAACAUUGACGACAACAUAAUGGUGGCGCGACUGGAUGAGAAAUCGUUCUCCGUCACCACAUACAUCAACGCCACCUAUCCCAGGACCAAGGCCGGUAAUGCGUUUAUCGCCUGCGGGAUUCUCUACAUCACGGAUACUAAAGACACAAAGGUGACAUACGCCUUCGACCUCCUGAAAGAGAAGCCGGUUAGUGUCAGUUUAGAUCUGAGGGCACCUGGAGGGGUUCUGUCCAUGAUCUCAUACAAUCCCAGAGACAAACAUCUCUACAUAUGGGACAGCAGCUACGUCAAAUCAUACGAAGUCCAGUUCCUCUCAGAUGAAUAAUCAAAAAUGCAUAACAUAAUUGGCAUAUUUAUAAGCAAAUAACCAAUGUUUCUGUUGUUACCCAUGUGUAGUACCCCAUAUAUAUUUUUUUUAUUUUCUUGAGUGGAUGAUAUAUCAAGCGCUAAAUUGUCUAUCUAGUGGUGUUCGCACUAAGUAUUUGGACACUUUAGCUACCCUUAAAUUUCAAUGUGUUAGAUAUCAAAACAUAAAACCAAGUGUCGUCGAACAUCAAACAAACAGGGCUUUUAAUCAACUGAUUUUUUUUUGUAGUUUUAUUAAAUCAGUUCUCUUCAAGUUUACACAUUUUAAUCAUUUAAAAUGUGUGAACUUGAAGACAAGACAUUUUCAAUUCUGGCUAUUCAAUCGAUUAUCAAUUAUUUAAUCAUUUAAAAUCAGAAUUGAAAAUAUAGUGACUUGUCCAAUAUAAACUUGAAAAAAAAAAAAAACGGUAUAAAUCCUGCACACUACUCAAACUUGUGCAAAUUACAAAAUUUUACUACUAAGGUUUCAAGCCUGAGAAGGGUCAAUUGACUGGAACAAUGCUAAUAAAAUUUUGCAGAUACACGUUUGAGUUUAGCGCAGGAUUUCAGUUUAUCAUUUAAAGCCUAACAAACAUCUUUGUAAAAUGUUUAGGUUGAAAAUUUAAUUUGCACUUGGUUUUAUUUUUUUUUCUAAUGUAAUGACAUUAAGGAAUUUUAAAAUCUGACUUAAGUGUCUAAAUGCAAUUUGGGGCUACCGUAUUUAUUUAUUUUUUUGGCAUUUUUACUUUUAUAUGUUGCAUUUUCCUUUUUUGGCUAACAUGCAUUUUAAGUGAAUAUUUAUUAAUUCAUGCAGCAUGAUCAGUUUUUGCGCAAAUUGUUCAUAAAACCAUUGUUAUUGUUUACAUAGAAAUGGUUUUACUAAGUUUACACAAAUUCAUUCUCUUCUUGUUUCAUGAAUGAGGCCAAAUGUGUGUAAAUAAAUAAAUGGGAUAUGUAUGUGCAUUACAUACAUAGUAAUUUCGUACACUAUUUAAUUUCACAGCAUCACUUCAGUAAGACUUUUCCAGGUAACGUCACUCAUAAACUCUACAUGGUAAGAUUAGGUAUGUGCAUUAAGUACAGGUGAAUUUUGAUUUUAAUGUUGACUUCAUGUUUAUAGAAAUGUAUUUGACUGCUAGUAUGUAUACGACACAAAAUAUAUUUGCCAAAUAUUGUUUAAUUUAUAUUGCAUGCAUGUUUAUGUAGCCACAAAUGCUUGGAAAUCCUGAAAUAAACCCUGAAACAUGUUAAUCUAAAGACACGUGGAGUUGAAACAGUAAAAUGAAAUGACUUAAUUCAAAUCAAAAGAAUUUAUUCAACUUACAAAGGUAAAACUUUGACCAUGACAGAACUACCUGUUCCUUCGGAAAUACCAACCAGUGUUUUUGGGGUUUGCAUUUUCACACACGCAGACAGAUCAGGCUGUUCAAUAAAUACACAUCAGACCAUCGGUUUAACAUUUAAAAUACGUACAAUUGACAUGGUGCCCAGCAAAUCAGACAGAAACACAAAUAUGAUUUUAAUAAACACCACAUACAUCAAACCAAAUAUACGACUAUUCCAGCAGUUAUGAUAAAA